AAUUGGGUUUAUUACUAAGACACAGUAAUCUCUGACGUCUCUGGGGAAAUAAUAAAAGUGUCACAAUUCCAUGAGUUACAAGAACAUUUCCUGUUACUUUGCUUAAUGUUCGGUGCCCAGGAGGAGUAAAUCACAGGGAGAAGAGAUAUCUUCUUACACUGGGACGUAGGAAACAGCUCUCAACAGUGCAGAAAUGGCAGGGCCCCCAGUGAUACCCCCAGGUCUGGAGAACCUUGUGCAGAUGGACGAGAUCAGGAUCAAACAGACACGACGCAGCACAUUUCAGAGCUACUGCACAUAUGAUCUUCUAGCCCCAAAUGGGGCAUUGCUGUACCAGGCUGAGGAGAGACGGGAAUGCUGUGGUCCUAGAAUUGAUGUAUCAGUCCAGAACCCCCAUGGGCAACAUGUUCUUUUGCUUCUUCUGCCUUCCUCUUAUUGUUCCUGGGAAACUCAGUUGCAGGUCUCUUCGGGCUCUGGGACCCUCCUUGGGUUCAUCGAUAGGAGUUGGUCGACUAUGAACUUCACUAUCUUGACACCCACCGGAGAGAAAUCCCUGAAAGUGCAAGGCCCGGGCUGGGGCGGUGGGUUCAUGUCUGAUGCCAACUUCCAGGUGAUCAUGUACAACAGCCAGGCAGCUUUAGGCUUGAUUACUCGUGUUUGGAGAGGGAUGAAGAAGGAAUUCAUGAGUCCCAAUGACUAUUACACAGUCAAGUUCCCCCGUGACCUGGAUGUAAAGGUGAAAGCUCUGCUGGUGGCCUGCACCAUUUAUAUUGAUUUUCUGCAUUAUGAAGAAAGAAAUCGCAGCUCCUAACUGACCCCCUACACUGGAGAGAACCAGAGCAUGUCUGUCCACUGGAGACCCCAUUUGGGGCAAAUGGAAAUUUUGGGGGUCACAAUGAGCUCAUCCCCCGCCCCACUCAGAUCUGUCAUCCGUGUAUUUGUUAUUGUUGCACCAUGCGGGGUCUCGUUAUCUUUUACUAUGUUAUAGAAUGGCCAAUUCUCAGUAACUUUUCAAUUGGUCUACUUUAUUUUUUAUAGUUUUUUUAAU